AUGGACACAGCAACAAAUCAAGAAAAACAAUAUUCAUUUAUCGAACAAAGUUAUCGUUCGAUCUUUGUCAACUAUCUUACUUCUUCAACAACACAUGGACUUCGAUGUAUUGCUGAAGCUUACAGUACAUCAAAUCGAAUACUUUGGAUAUGUAGUUUUAUGUUUGCUUUGGGUUGGAUGUUAUUUUUUAUUAUUACAUCCGGAAUGCAAUAUUUGUCUUAUCCAACACAAAUUGAUAUGGAGAUUCGAAAUGAAUAUAACAUGAUUUUUCCAGCAGUGACUAUUUGCAGUGCUCAUCCAUUGAGAAACGAUAAAACAAAUGCAUCACUAUUAGCUUAUGCUAAACGUAUAGGAAUUAAUGUGACAAAGGUUGAUCUCGAAACAUUAGUUGAACCACUUGUUGUCGAUAUAUUUAAUCGUAAUCAAAGAAAUGAAUUAAUCGAUCUUGGAUUUCAAUUAUCAGAUAUAUUAAUUAAUUGUUCUUACAAUGGCAUUAACUGUUCAUCAUAUUUUACUCAUUCGUUAUCGCCACAAUUCGGUAAUUGUUAUACAUUUAACUGGAAUGGUAAAAUGAAGAAUUUAUUCACAAUUCGAAACGUGAGUUCGUUGAACAUUGGAUUCGAAGGUUUAUCAAUGCAAUUUUAUAUUCCACGUGAAUCUUAUUAUCCAGUGUCGUACUUUGACGAAGGUUUAAUUGUGUCAAUACACGAAAAUAAUGAAUUUCCAUUAGUUGUUAAGAAUGGAUUUCGACUUCAACCAGGUCUCUCUCAUACGAUCUUAUUUUCAAAGACCGAAAGAAAUUUAUUAUCUAAACCUUAUACUAAUUGCACAUCUUCAGUUGAAGAUGACUUACGUGACAUUUAUGAGACAGCAUUUGGUAAGGAUUCUAUGGGCAAAGUUACUUAUUCAGAAAGUAUAUGUCAAGAGUCUUGUUUAAAUUUAAUAAGUAAUGUUUUCUGUUCUUGUAUUUUACCGUUUCCUUUCUUUCAACGAAAUGUCUGGUCUGUCGACAGCAACAGUCUUAAGGCAGCCAAUAUUUGCAUUCCAGAUACCGAUGAAGAAAAAUGUGCGCUCAUGACUGUGCCAGCAUUCAAAACUCAAGACAUAGAUUACAAAAAAUGGUGUCCACAAUGCACUCCGGAAUGCAAAAAUACUGAUUUUCAUGCUGUAUCGAGUGCUCUUUCAUAUCCAUCACCGAAACAGAAAGCAUCGUUAGCUAAAAGGCUAUUAGAUAAGCAAUCGAAUUCUUCUAGUAUUUUGUUACCCGAUGAUUUUGCUCUUAAAUCGGACACGUAUCUCAAUAAUAAUCUUUUAAAAGUAACAAUCACUUAUAGUAAUUAUUAUGUCAUUGUUUACAAUCAGAAGGCCAAAAUAUUGAUAGUUGAUCUGUUCAGUUCUAUCGGUGGUCAAACGGGAAUAUGGCUUGGUUUGAGUAUACUUGGUGUUAUUGAAUUUGGUGAAGUCCUAUUUAAAAUGAUUGUUAAAUGUAUUGUUUUUGUAAAACGACAAGCAACAACUAAAUCGAAUCCUACAACUAAUAAUAAUCUAGUUUAUUGA